AAGACAUAUUUUCUCCUUGUUUCCUAUAAAACAAUACGUAUUUUACAAAUGAAAACUCUGAAUACUUCCUCAUCUUACCAUGCCCCUUCCCUACAGACGUGACAGAUACAUUAGCAGUCUCCUUCCUUCAAAAUGACAGACCACGAUAGGCAUAGCUUCUAUAGUGAAGUCUACUUUAUCAUUUUUAUGAAUUACUCAAGCGAAACCUAUAAGUUCACAGACAAAGUGAAAAGCAGUAAAGGAGUAUUGAUGUAACUCUCCCUGUCGAAUCGAACACAUACAGAAUAAUCCGGAAGCGAUUUGUUAAAUAUCUCCGUCUAUUAAUAACAGUUCUUAUAUCGUGUUUCACAUUUUAAUCCCACAGUGAUUGCGCUCAUAGCUUUUUUAAUGAGUCAGAAAUUACAUGUCAUUCUGUAAAGACGUUAUUUCUAUGUUUUAUCAUCUGUUUUGACUUUUAUUCGUUUCUUAACAUGGAGUCCUGGGAUGUACGAGAGGAAUAAAGGCUCUAACACAUGUUCAUAGUUUAUUUUUAGAUAGAGUAAACAGUUCAAAUUUAGCUUAUUAUGGCAAAAGAGUUUUCACCUCAAACGAGGGAAAUCAUCUGUCGGACUAUUUAAUUCGUUAAAUCAGAAAAAUAUGGGAUAAAAAUCCCAUUGAAUAAUGUCAAUGAUCGUUUAUGUGCAAUGUUAGGUGUUUCAUCCCGUUCGACUGAUAAUCUGAAGAAAGAAUUGAAGGAAAUCGAGAUGGCUAAAGAAAGAUCAUCGCGUAGGAGAUUUCAGUCAGGGUCAAGUACAAUUACCACUGUAAGAAAGUCAUCAAUAUUCUUCAAACUGUGAACUUUUGAUACUGACCUUAUUUAGGAUGACACAAUGGAGCAGCCAAUGUCACCCAGUGGUCGUCCAAAAAUUAAUUUAUCUGACUUUGGAAAGGAUAUGAUUCGAUAUGAAUUUCAUCUUGGCUGAACGAAUAUACCCUGUAUUGGAUCGAAUGAAGGCUCGACUACUAGCCGAUUUUCCUGACUUUCCGAUCAAAAGUACAGCGACAUUAUCGAAAGAACAAAAACAGAUGGGAUUUGUUUAUCAGAAAACAUCGAAGAUCAAAACACCAUUAGAAUCAACCUUUUUCAUGUCGCAAAGAGCGAGAUAUUUUCGUCGUAUUGAUAAGCAGCGGAAGGAAAAAGCACUCAUUUUCUAUCACGAUGAAACGUGGUGUUAUUCUAGUGAAGAAAAGACAAGCAUUUGGAAGCAGACGGGACAAGGAAGAGUUCGGCGUUCAGAAGGAAAAGAUAUGUAAAAAUGAGUAUCUAAGCCUGGUUGAUGAUCACCGAUUUUGGCUUUAGUUGUAAUGUCCCUCUGCUAACCACAUACUUUGCAUUAAAUUAUUUAUAGGUUCCCCUCUCACCAUCAAUGGGAUGAUCAGUCGACAUGGUUUUCAUAAAUCGUCUGCAGAAGUAUUUCAGUACAAACCCGAACAUAAUAUGGAUGGGGAACACUUUAAUAAAUGAAUCUAUCAAACGUGUAUUAAGUUGAGGAAGGAGCAUGGAAACAAGGAGAAAAUAUAUCUUGGAAUAAAAACCGAAUUCGUCAAUGGUUGAUUGAUCAUUCAGUUCCAUUCAUUGAGCAAUAUAGUAAAUCCGAACUUCUUGAGUUAAGCUAUGCAUAUGCACCAGAAAAAGAAUAUAUUGUCGAUGAAACAGCCAAACAAUCUGAUAUCGAAAUUGUAUACGAAGAAAAUUUUAAAAAAGCUGAUCAGUUCAUAGAACAAAUCGAGGGCGAACCAAAUAAUGAUGAUGAUGAUACUAUUGAUAAUGACUCCGACUUGACUGAAGAUGAAGAUCAAUAG